AUGCUUCCUUCGCGGUUUCCCUCGGUACGGCAAAGGAACCGCCAGUCAGUCGGCGGAAAGCCCUCCUUCCGGGACGACGUCUCUGUUGUCGGCGUCAGAUAUGAAAAGACCAAGCCUGCAGAGCCUCCCACCACGUUGCCGCCAACGAGAUGCUCCUUGCGCUUGCCCAACAACUCCGUCACGCUGUCGAGGUCCAGCACCGCCGCAACAGCCACGUCACGCUCGACCCGUCCUUCAUCCGUCACUCUGACCAUCUCCUGUCAUCCUGUCGUUGUUGUGCCGCCUGCGUUGGCCUUGAUGUCUCGUCUCGAACCGCCCACGGAACAGCAUCCCGCCUUGAGAUCGCCAUUGCCAGCUAACGCGCAGUGUGUCCAGGACGGCAAACGCGACUCGGGUCACGCCGCCACAGCAGCCUCGGACCCGGUCAUUCAUGAGCAAGAAUGUGAGCACGACUUGAAACGCCUCCAGAUCCGCCAGUGCCACUUUCUGGAAGCUGAGCCUGAGGGCUGCCACAAACUCUAUUGUGUCUCAAGGGAAAUCGUACCUGCAGUGGAACUCGUCGACAACAGGGUUGAUGCGGACCGAGCGUUGGCCGCAGUAACCCUGGAACAAGCCGGCUCCGCCGCGGGUGCGCCGCCUUUGACACCUGCAUCAACCGCAGCCGAUUCUCCCUCAACUCAAUCAAACAACAACAACAACAACACCACCACCACCACCACCACCAACACCCACGACACCAGCAAUCCGCUGCCCUCUCUCAAGACACCUUCAUUUUCGCCUCGGAGACUGAUGAGGAAGAACCGCACUCGCUCUGUUGGACUCGAAAGCCCGGAUUCGAGUGACGUGUCGUCCGAAGGAGCCAGCAGGCUAGCGGCCACGCUGAUGGAGCUCCCAUCCACGAUGCGGGGCUCGUUGUCAUCCCCAGCCUCCUCCAUGCGGCGCCAACCAACCCACUCCGAAGACGACGUCUCUGCUCUACCUUCAUCAUCAGGACCUUCGACGUCGGGUCCUGCUGAUUUGCCCGCGCAGUUUGCUCCCCUCGCGGUUUCUAUCCCUAGCGAUAACCUGCUGGACGAUGCGUUCAUGAGUGGCUUUUCCUUCUCCAAGCGCGGAAGCAUCAUGUUUGGAGGCAAACGCACAAUGCUGCCAGCUCUUGAUGGUGCGACCGACCUGACGUCGUCGUCCGCGACCACGGCGCCAGUCGACGAAAACGGCGACAAUGUAGAAACUCUGCCGUCUCCGCCGCUCAGCCCAACAGUGUCAAAGGAAGCGAGAGCUGAGAGGGCCAGUUCAAGCACUGCCGUCGCCGACGCAGCCAAGCGCACACCACCCCCCCGGCACCAUCCGUCAAGCCUCAACAUGCCUGUCCUUUCCCCCGACGUCGAGAAAGAAUCUCAAAAGGUGAGAUUGCUCUAUGAAUUUGGCGAUGCUAUGAACUGGGAAGACGGCGCCAGGUUCUCCUUUUGCGAGCACUUGGAGCCUACUCCCGAGGUUCUUGCAGAGGACUCUCAUGACCCCGCCCGCGUCGCCAAUCCUGGGUCAGCUUCCGCAGCGCCAAGGUGUGCAAGCUCCUUUUCCCACUAUCACGCGGAUAACGCACGAAGCGAUUUUCAGCUGGCCGGUGGGAUGGAAGACUGGGAGGACGUCGACAUUGCUAAUGUCGACCGGUACGGCUUCAUUAUUACGCCUCGCCAACAAUCAACCACGAGAGUAAACACAUGCACGGAACUCAAGUCGGCGCAGUUCUCCCCUAGAAGGCGGCAUGUGCUGCAAAAGCGAGAUCCCAUGGGAUUCUCAUCUGGCCUGGUCCCCGGCAAGGCACCGAGCCGGAAGGUGUCGGCGCGGUCGCUCAACACGGUCAACUCGGAGAGAUCGGUUGCCUCUAUGCGAUCGUCACGGUCCGUCAUCCGUCAAGCCAGCAACCUGCUCCCCCACAACCGCAGCCGUCGUUGGAUGGACGAGGCCGGCGACAUGUUGACCAUUUCGCCGAACCUGCAGGACUCGAUUGAGGAAGCAAAGGUGGAGAAGAUAUCCGAGGCGCUGAAACGCAAGGAAUGGGAGCGGUCCGAAAAGUGGCACAAGAUGGCCAGGGUCAUCAACCACGGCGAGCCAGGAGAGGGGAUGGAUUUUGAGUUUGACGUCAAGAAUCCCAAGCUGAUUGAGCGAACGUGGAAGGGGAUCCCGGACCGGUGGCGCGCCGCUGCCUGGUGGUCCUUUCUGGCGAGCGCGGCCAGAGACCACGAGGGUUCUCCGUCGGCCGACAAGGUGAUGGCCAGGUUUCGCGAGCUGCAAGGUCAGGCGUCGCCGGAUGACGUGCAGAUCCACCUGGACGUUCCGAGAACAAUCAGCAGGCACAUCAUGUUCCGACGGAGACACAAGGGCGGCCAGAGGCUCCUCUUCCGGGUUUUGCACGCCAUUUCGAUAUACUUCCCCGAGACGGGCUAUGUUCAGGGGAUGGCUUCCCUGGCGGCAACGUUGCUGUGCUACUUUGACGAGGAGAAGGCGUUUGUGAUGCUGGUGCGCAUGUGGCAGCUGCGGGGGCUGGAGCGGUUGUACAGUCCCGACAGCUUCGACGGGCUCAUGACGGCGCUUCGGGAGUUUGACCAGUCAUGGCUCAGCAAGGCCAUGUCGGAGAAGCUCAGCCAACUGGAGAUUGAUUCGACGGCCUAUGGGACGAAAUGGUACCUGACGCUGUUUAACCUGUCGAUUCCUUUUCCGGCGCAGCUGCGCGUGUGGGACGUUUUUCUUUUGCUGGGGGGGCGGGAUGGUGGGCCAGCGGCGCAAGGAGCUGCUGCUGCUGCUGCUGCUGCGAGAGCGACGACGGAGACUGCGGCGUCGACGGCGACGAGCAAUCCGAGGACCGCCGCGACGGACAAGGAGCAGCCGGGAGAGCCCAGCGGGCUCGACGUGUUGCACGCGGCCAGCGCGGCGUUGAUAGACGCCCUCCGAGACGUGCUGGUUGAUUCUGAUUUCGAAAAUGCCAUGAAGGCGCUGACGUCGUGGAUCGCCAUCAAGGAUGAAGACUUGUUGAUGAAGGUGACAAAGGCGGAGUGGAAGGCACACCAGGGCAAGAAGAAGACGUAG